AUGGCGAAUAUUUGCGUUACUCCGGCCUGCGGUAGACCGUCCACGCUCAGAUGCCCUACGUGUCUGAAGUUGGGCAUUACCAAUUCAUUUUUCUGCUCUCAGGUACGCUUUUCCAGUGUUAUUGUGCAAGUUGUAGGAAUGUUUCAAACAGUUUUGGAAAGUUCACAAAACAAUCCACUUGGCUGCUGGUAUUGUUUUGCCAAUUACCAGUUAGAGUGUGCUUUUUCAGGGGGCACUGCGCCUGCGUCAGCCGUUGAUGAAGAAUUUGCCGGUCAUAUUUUCACAGGGUCAUUGAGGCCAGCAGCAAAAGCCACUACAUAUCUCUUGGCAGUUUUAGGUGUUCCUCACUCUGAGCGCCAGGCCAAAGGUUCGCACAUGAUUCAAACUUUGGACGACGAUGAAGCCGAACGCAUGCGUGUUACCUGCAAGCUUGCUCGAGAAGUGCUAGAAGAGGGAGUGAAUGCCGUUCAAGUUGGUGUGACAACGGACGAAAUCGAUCGGAUAGUCCAUGAGGCGUGUAUAGAACGUGAUUGCUAUCCCUCACCACUGAACUAUUUCAACUUCCCAAAAUCCUGUUGCACGUCAAUCAAUGAGGUCAUUUGCCAUGGAAUCCCAGACCAGCGUCCACUUCAGGACGGUGAUAUUCUCAACCUGGAUAUUACCACUUUUCACAAGGGAUUUCACGGGGAUGUUAAUGAGACUGUGUUCGUGGGCCGUCCCGAUGACCGAUCAAUCCGAUUGGUAAAGAACGCGUACAUGUGUCUCGCGAAGUCAAUGGAUGCCGUCCGCCCCGGUGUAAAAUAUCGUGAAAUGGGAGAUAUCAUCACAAAGCAAGCUGCUGUUGAUGGGUUUUCAGUCGUACGAACAUACUCUGGCCAUGGCAUCCACCGCUUGUUCCACUGUCCGCCGAAUGUUCCCCAUUAUGCCCGUAACAAGGCCGUUGGCGUGAUGAAACCUGGACAUUGUUUCACCAUCGAACCCAUGAUUAAUGAGGGCACGUGGCGUGAUGAACUUUGGCCAGACAAGUGGACUGCAGUCACAACGGAUGGUCUACGAUCGGCGCAGUUCGAACACACAAUGCUCAUACUGUCCCCGGAAGCUGCACAUACCAGCGGCCUACCAAUUGAAGUUUUGACAAAGCGUCAACUAAAAGGCGAAGAUCGGCUUGCUUCAGUUGUGUCUUCACUCUCCUUAGAGCAGCAAUCACACUAUGAACGUUACGGACGUCCGUAUUUCGUGGACCAAUUGCACCAGUUGGGUUUAGACAAAAGUAUCACUGCUUAGGCUACUUUCUUAAUACAAGCAUUUUUUUAUUGCCUUGAAGGACAUUGGAAUGUGGCCUCGUGUCCACUUAACCUUUCGAACGCAUACACCUCCUUCCUGUCUCUAUUCCGUUGUCCAAACACGAUGCAGCAGUUUAUUAUGCUUGAAAGUCUGUUCCGUUGUGGCUUCUACUAAAACUAAAACCCCCGCUGUUUUCGUGGGGUACUUCUUCACUGUGAACGAACGUCCUACUCAAUCAGGCCUUCCAACAGCCCAUAAUGAUCGAACUUAGAUGUCCCAUGAUAAACCAAGUCAACACGAUGAGUAAAGUGUACAUCCGUUCUGCUCGAUUGCAUUGUCUGUAUUUUUGUCAGUAAAACGGUUAAAAUAUUUUCUGGAGAAAAUCUAGUCUUAAUUUGUUAUCACUUCCCGAA